CGCUGAGAGAAAAAUCCACCCGGGAAAUCUCCGACCCGAUUGAAAACAUGGGAUCGUCUGCGAACACAGAGACAACGAAUUUCAACGCCGCAUCUCCGUCGUCGAACCACAAUAAUCCACCAACCACCGUCGCAGCUUCGAACCCGAAUCACACUCCCUCGGAAUUGGAUUCGUCGAAGAAGAGAAGAACUGGGAUGCUCCCGCUCGAGGUGGGAACUCGCGUGUCGUGUCUAUGGAGGGACGGGAAGUAUCAUCCCGUGAAAGUCAUCGAGCGCCGAAAGAAUCAUAGCGACGGGAACAAUGAGUACGAGUAUUACGUUCACUACACAGAGUUUAACAGAAGACUUGAUGAAUGGAUUAGGCUUGAUCAGCUUGAUCUUGACUCUGUAGAGUGUGCUUUAGAUGAGAAAGUUGAAGAUAAGGUGACUAGCUUGAAGAUGACACGUCACCAGAAACGGAAGAUUGAUGAGACACAUGUAGAGGGUCAUGAAGAGCUGGAUGCUGCGAGUUUGCGUGAACAUGAGGAGUUCACGAAGGUGAAGAACAUAGCAACGAUUGAGCUUGGGAAGUAUGAGAUUGAGACUUGGUACUUCUCUCCGUUUCCACCUGAGUACAAUGACUGCGUGAAGCUCUUUUUCUGUGAGUUUUGCCUCAAUUUUAUGAAGCGCAAAGAACAGCUUCAAAGACAUAUGAGGAAAUGUGAUCUGAAGCAUCCCCCUGGGGAUGAAAUCUAUCGAAGCUCUACCUUGUCAAUGUUUGAGGUAGAUGGUAAGAAGAACAAGGUCUAUGCGCAGAACCUCUGCUAUCUGGCAAAGUUAUUUCUUGACCACAAGACUCUUUACUACGACGUCGAUCUGUUCCUGUUCUAUAUUCUCUGUGAAUGUGAUGAACGGGGUUGCCACAUGGUUGGAUACUUCUCAAAGGAAAAGCAUUCUGAAGAAGCGUACAACUUGGCUUGCAUCCUUACUCUUCCUCCAUAUCAAAGGAAAGGCUAUGGCAAAUUCUUAAUAGCCUUCUCCUAUGAACUCUCAAAGAAAGAAGGCAAAGUAGGGACACCAGAAAGACCCCUCUCUGAUCUAGGCUUAGUGAGUUACAGAGGUUACUGGACUCGGAUUCUAUUAGACAUCUUGAAAAAGCACAAGGGAAACAUAUCUAUCAAGGAGCUGAGCGACAUGACAGCGAUUAAAGCAGAAGAUAUACUAAGCACCCUUCAGAGCUUGGAACUGAUACAGUACAGAAAAGGACAACAUGUGAUCUGUGCGGAUCCUAAAGUUCUUGAUCGACAUUUGAAAGCCGCUGGCCGAGGCGGUCUUGAUGUAGACGUUAGCAAAAUGAUAUGGACUCCUUACAAAGAGCAGAGCUAACGAGUAAGAGCCAUUACAUUUCAAAUGGUAAUGGUGUUUUUUAGAUGACUUUGCAGAUCGUUUUAGAAGACUCGUGUGUAAAACUAUUAACACGAUUUUGUUCAGUCGAGCUUGUAACUUUAGAAAUGUUUUGUCUGAAUGGUAUUUACCACUAAGUGUUUCAUUCUUGUUUCCA